AUCGAGAAAUGUAUCGUGACCCCUCGAACCCAACCAGCUGCCUUCUCAAGGCAGGAUCGUGGAAGAAACCAGCCGCCACCGCUCCCAAACGCACCGCCAACUUUCCUUUACCUCAAAAUGGACUCGCCUGCGGGAAUGAGAUGCUGAAGCUUAUGUGUUGAUUGUUGAAGAGGGAGAGUUCUGUCGAGCUGUGUAGGUUUAGGAAACCAGUGAUUCUGGGUUGGAUAUUUAUAAUCACCACCCUACAAAGCUUCACAGAUGGGUAAAGUACUCUGUGAAGGAUGUAAAAAAAAGUGUGUUGGAAGUGCUCUUCGUGUUCAAGAUAAACAUUUCCAUGUAGACUGCUUUAAAUGUUCUGUUUGUUCUACCUCUCUUGCUCAUGGAGGAUUUUUCUUAAAAGAAGGACAUUAUUAUUGUGCUAAGGAUUACCAAAAAAAAUUUGGAACAAAAUGUGUGAAUUGUGGAGAAUAUGUGGAGGGUGAAGUAGUUACAGCUCUUGGUAAUACAUAUCAUCAAAAAUGCUUUGUAUGUGCUAGAUGUAGGCAACCAUUUCCAACUGGUGAAAAAGUUACUUUUACUGGAAAGGAAUGUUUGUGCUCAAAAUGCAUCCAGAUUCCUAUUGUUACAUCAAAAUCACCAGAAAAAUCUCUCACUCAAGAUGAAUUACAAUGUGCUGGUUGUAAAGAGUUAUUGAAAGAAGGUCAAGCUUUAAUUGCCUUAGAUAAGCAAUGGCAUAUUUGGUGUUUCAAUUGCACAGUUUGUGGAACAGUACUACAUGGGGAAUAUAUGGGCAAGAAUGGACUGCCUUAUUGUGAAAAAGAUUACCAGAAAAAAUUUGGAGUAAAAUGUGUACACUGUGAUCGAUUUAUUACAGGGAAAGUUCUUCAGGCAGGUGAUAAUAGUCAUUUUCAUCCUACAUGUGCAAGAUGUACAAAAUGUGGUGAUCCAUUUGGUGAUGGAGAAGAAAUGUUUAUGCAAGAAGGAACAGGCAAACGAAAUUUAGGUUUUAGACCAAUAUCAACAAAACAAGGAAUGCAAGUUUUAGAUUUGAAACAACAAUAUCAAUUGACUUCCUCUCCCAGCCUGCAUGGUUCUCAUUCUUUCAGUUCAUUUGGAUCAUUUAAUAGAAAGUAUGGCCGGACCAGCCCAGGAAUAUUUGCAGAAAGAGACUUGCUACUAUCAGAUUUGAGUAGAGUUUAUACACAUAGCUAUCUGACUGAAGAACCUAUACAGGGAUAUUUGAGACGACCAAUCGAUCCACGACCUCCGAAAUCUCCUCAGUUCCAUAGGCCUCCAGAAGGAACAGGCAAACGAAAUUUAGGUUUUAGACCAAUAUCAACAAAACAAGGAAUGCAAGUUUUAGUCGAAUCAAUUCAAGCUACUACUCCUCGACCUCGUUCUCCACAUAUGAAUAAUGAAGAACCAAUUGAAUUAGCCCAUUAUCCUGGUGCACAACCACCAAAAGCUUAUGAGGUACCAAGGAUUGAGAGGGAUGAUUUUCCUGCACCACCAUUUCCAUACACUGAUGCUGAACGUUGCCGACGUUGGAGUGGAAGUUCUAAAGAUGCUGAUAUAGAUGAAGAAUUAGAAGAAGAAGAAAUAAUUCAAGAAGAUCCACAAUUAAAGAAAGAAGAGGAAGAAUUAGCUAAAAUAGCAACAGGAAUUGGAAAGGUAUUUUUGAAAACUGUUAAAGAGAGAGAAAGAAUUAGAGCAUGGAAAAGGAUACAUUUAGAUCCACGUAAUGCAUCACGUACUCCAUCUGCGAAUAAAGAACCACAUAUGAAAUUGAGAUAUGAUAAUCCUGUUAAUGCUUCUCCAUCUCGAGAUGCUGAUCAUCCUAAACCAUGGGAGGAUGACGACUUUGAUCAAAGAUCUGGGUAUAGAUCAUCAACGGGUAGAUAUGCAGGAACAAUACCAAAUUACAAUAUGGUAUCAUCUUUACGUGCUAUUCCUAAACCUGGUUAUGGAUUAGCAAUAAAAUCUAGUUUAGGAAGAGAUAGCAGUCUAGGAUUUACAUCUAGUGAGUUGGGGUGUGGAAAAUUUGAAAAGACUCAUAGUUCUGAAUUUGGAAGUGGAAGAUCAGAUAUUUCCUCAAUAUCAGAACAAGGAGUUCUUAGUCACAGUUCUAGUGGAAUUUUUCGAAGCACACCAUAUUCAGAAGGUUAUAGAGGCAUGAGAUAUUCUUCUUAUAGUCCUCAUCUGCGUAGAUCUAUGCCUAAUGUAAAUCUGCAUUUAUCAAGUGAACCUCCAAAGCUUUAUCCAUACCAUCUAUUAAUUACAACUAACUAUAGGCUUCCUCCUGAUGUUGAUAGAUGUCAUUUAGAGCGUCACUUAUCUAACGACGAAUUUCAUUCACUUUUUAAUAUGACUCGCUUACAAUUCUAUCGCUUACCUGAAUGGCGAAGGAAUGAAAUUAAAAGAAAAUGCAUGUUGUUUUAAACUUGAAUAAAUGCAGUUAAACAAAAUCUAAUAAUUAGUUCUUAAUAGAAGUGUUUAAUUGCAAAUUAAAGUAUGUGGAUUCCAAAGUGAAACUCUCUUAUAAGACUUAUGGACAUGUAAUUAUAGAAAUUUGAUUUUAUUCUACAAAAUUAAUGUAUUUCACAAAAUAGAAUAUUAUAAAACA